CUCUCUUCUCUCAGAAUUCUUAUAGCUCAGGAUAGCGAUGAGGUUAGCUGUGCUCUGCGUGUGCGGGACCCUGCUGGCCUUCUCCACGCCCCCUGGGAACUAUGCAAACCUCAGCAAGGGAGACUUUAAUUGGGGUACAGAAUCUGGGAGCUGCUUGGUAACUAUAAAGCCUGCAGGGAAGUGUGGGGGAGAGGGGAUGGACGAGGACGCAUGCCCCUACCGAGUGACCCUGCCACCGCUGGAUGUAAUGCUGCCCCGGCAGCUCAGGGAAUUGGAGAGGACUGUGAAGGAGGUGCAGAGGCUAAAGGAGACCGUGGAGCAGCUGAAGAGAGCCUGCAUGGAGUGCAGGAUAAGCCAGAUGGAGCGGGCGAGAGAGAGGCUGGGGGACAGAGAGAAGGAGAAGGUGAGAUUGGGAGAGAGGGAGAAGGAGAAAGAGGGGAAGAAGGAGGGGGAGAAGAAGACAGAGAGACAGGGAGACAGAGAAAGGAAGAUGGAGAUGGACAAGGAG